CGCUGCGCGGGCGCCGAGCCUUCGCGGGCUUUGCCGCCGCCGCCGCCGCCUCUGCGGCCGCCGCCGCCGCUGGUGGGGGAGACGCGGGGUUGGGGGGGGAGGAGGGCGCGCGUGGUGCCGGCGGGGAGCGGCGGCGCCCCCUCCUCCUCCUCCUCCUCCUCCUCCUCCUCCUCCAGCGCCGCGGGCUCCUCGGACAUGGCCGCGGCGGUGGCGGUGGCGGCCGCGUCCCGGCGGCAGUCGUGCUACCUGUGUGACCUGCCUCGCAUGCCCUGGGCCAUGAUCUGGGACUUCACCGAGCCCGUGUGCCGCGGCUGCGUCAACUACGAGGGCGCCGACCGCGUCGAGUUCGUCAUCGAGACGGCGCGGCAGCUCAAGCGGGCGCACGGCUGCUUCCCGGAGGGCCGCUCCCCGCCCGGCGCCGCGGCCCCCUCCGCCGCCAAGCCGCCGCCGCUCUCCGCCAAGGACAUCCUCCUGCAGCAGCAGCAGCAGCAGCAGCAGCAGCAGCUGGGCCACGGCGGCCCCGAGGCCACCCCGCGCGGCCCGCAGGCCCUGGAGCGCUACCCCCUGGCGGCCGCCGCCGAGCGGCCCCCGCGCCUCGGCUCCGACUUUGGCGGCAGCCGCCCGGCCGCGGGCCUGGCCCAGCCGCCGACGCCGCAGCCGCCGCCCGUGAACGGCAUCCUGGUGCCCAACGGCUUCUCCAAGCUGGAGGAGCCCCCGGAGCUGAACCGCCAGAGCCCGAACCCGCGGCGCGGCCACGCCGUGCCGCCCACCCUGGUGCCGCUCAUGAACGGCUCGGCCACGCCGCUGCCCGCCGCGCUCGGCCUCAGCGGCCGCGCCGCCGCCUCGCUGGCCGCCGUGUCCGGGGCCGCGGCCGCCGGCCUGGGCUCGGCGCAGCCCGCCGAACUGAGCUCCCACAAGCGGCCGGCGUCCGUAUCGAGCAGCGCGGCCGCGGAGCACGAGCAGCGCGAGGCGGCCGCCAAGGAGAAGCAGCCGCCGCCGCCCUCGCAUCGCGGCGCGGCCGACAGCCUGGCCGCGGCGGCCGGGCCCACCGAGCUGGGCGCCGAGGGCGCGGGCAAAGGCCGCGGGCCCGGAGAGCAGGACUGGGUCAACAGGCCCAAGACCGUGCGAGACACGCUGCUGGCGCUGCACCAGCACGGCCACUCGGGGCCCUUCGAGAGCAAGUUUAAGAAGGAGCCGGCCCUGACUGCAGGCAGGUUGUUGGGUUUCGAGGCCAACGGGGCCAACGGGUCUAAAGCAGUGGCAAGAACAGCGAGGAAAAGAAAGCCUUCUCCAGAACCAGAAGGUGAAGUCGGGCCCCCUAAGAUCAAUGGAGAGGCACAACCGUGGCUGUCCACACCCACAGAAGGGCUCAAGAUCCCCAUUACUCCUACAUCCUCUUUUGUGUCUCCGCCGCCACCCACUGCCUCACCUCAUUCCAACCGGACCACACCGCCUGAAGCGGCUCAGAACGGCCAGUCCCCCAUGGCAGCCCUGAUCUUAGUGGCAGACAAUGCAGGCGGCAGUCACGCCUCGAAAGACGCCAACCAGGUUCACUCCACUACCAGAAGGAAUAGCAGCAGUCCACCCUCUCCGUCGUCUAUGAACCAAAGAAGGCUAGGCCCCAGAGAGGUGGGGGGCCAGGGGGCAGGCAGCACUGGAGGACUGGAGCCAGUGCACCCUGCCAGCCUCCCAGACUCUUCUCUGGCAGCCAGUGCCCCCCUGUGCUGCACCCUCUGCCACGAGCGGCUGGAGGACACCCACUUUGUGCAGUGCCCGUCUGUCCCUUCGCACAAGUUCUGCUUCCCUUGCUCCAGACAAAGCAUCAAACAGCAGGGAGCUAGCGGAGAGGUCUAUUGUCCCAGCGGGGAAAAAUGCCCUCUGGUGGGCUCCAAUGUCCCCUGGGCCUUUAUGCAAGGGGAAAUUGCGACCAUCCUGGCUGGAGAUGUGAAAGUGAAAAAAGAGAGAGACUCGUGACUUUCCGGUUUCAGAAAAACCCAAUGAUUACCCUUAACUAAAACUGCUUGAAUUGUAUAUAUAUAUAUCUCCAUAUAUAUAUAUAUAUAUAUAUAUAUAUACACACAUAUAUGUAUAUAUAUAUACACACACACACACAUAUAUAUAUACAUAUGUAUAUAUAUAUGUAUAUAUAUAUAUAUCCAAGACAAGGGAAAUGUAGACUUCAUAAACAUGGCUGUAUAAUUUUGAUUUUUUUUUGAAUACAUUGUGUUUCUAUUUUUUUUUUUUUUUUGACGACAAAAGGUAUGUACUUCUAAAGGCAUUUUCUUCUUUUGUUAAUGUUAUUAGCAUAUCUUUGUGCUUUAUUAUCCUGGUGACAGUUACCGUUCAAUGUAGGCUGUGACUUGCGCUGCUUUUUUAGAGCACUUGGCAAAUCCGAACUGCUUCUAGCUGUAUUUGUAUGCACUUAUUUUAAAAAGAAAAAAAAAAAAAAGCCAAAUACAUUUUCUGACAUUGUAA